UGUCAGAGUAUAUUUUGUACUAGCGGGAGUGAGCGUGUGUCUCUUGCAUUCGCUCGCUUUUGUUUCGUAUUUUUUUGUUUACAGGUUAACCCUUGAGCAAUAUGAAAGCAAUACUUUUGUACACUCCCGCGUCUGUGUCAUUCAUUCUCCUUGCUGCAGUCCAUGUCGCUGCACGCAGUGCGGUGCUGGAGCUUGGAGACGCGGACUUCGAUUACCUGGCGUCGGAGCAGGAGACCAUGCUAGUGAAGUUCUAUGCGCCUUGGUGCGGUCAUUGUAAGAAACUUGCCCCAGACUUCGAGUUGGCCGCCUCUCGUCUAAAAGGAUUGGUCGCUCUGGCUAAGGUGGACUGUACCUCUAGCACUGAAACAUGCAGUCGUUUUGGAGUCACGGGCUACCCAACGCUCAAAAUCUUCCGCAGUGGAGAGGAAUCCUCAGCCUAUGAUGGGCCUCGUACUGCAGAUGGUAUGGUGAAGUACAUGAAGAAGAACGCAGGCCCUAAUUCAUACUCCCUGUCCACUGAAGAACUUCUUGAUGCCUUCAUCGAUAACUUUGAUGCCAGUGUAGUGGGGUUCUUCUCCAGUAGUGAUAGCCCCCAGCUGACUGAGUUCCUCCGAGCUGCAGCAGCCAUGAGAGAUAACUACCGCUUUGGCCACACAACUGACCUGCAACUAGGACUCAAACACGGCAUGAACACAGAGGGUGUGGUGCUGUUCCGUCCCCCACGGCUGAGCAGUAAGUUUGAGGACGGGACGGUGAAGUUCACGGACACUGUGACCAGUGCUGCUCUCCGCCGCUUCAUCAGAGACAACAUCUUUGGGAUUUGUCCUCACCUGACCCCUGAGAAUAAGGACAAGCUGAGGCAGAGGGACCUGCUGACCGCCUACUAUGACCUGGACUACCGACGCAACCCCAAGGGCUCCAACUACUGGAGAAACAGGGUGAUGAAGGUGGGGUCUGGGUUGUUGUCUGAGGGAUUGACAUUUGCUGUGGCCAAUCGGAGGGACUUCCAGGAUGAGCUGGAGGAGGACUUUGGUCUGGGCACGUCCGACGGAGGAGACCUCCCCUUCGUCACCAUCAGAACACGACAGGGACACAAGUACACCAUGAGAGAGGAGUUCACGAGAGAUGGGAAGUCUCUGGAGAGGUUCCUUGAUGACUACUUUGCUGGACGACUGAAGAGAUAUGUUAAAUCAGAACCCAUCCCCUCCAACAACAGAGGCCCUGUCAAGGUGGUGGUGGCUGAUAACUUUGAUGAGCUUGUGAAUGACCCGGAGAAGGACGUCCUGAUAGAGUUCUAUGCGCCCUGGUGUGGACACUGCAAGAAGCUGGAGCCCAAAUACAUAGAGCUCGCAGAGCAGCUUGCCAGUGACCCCAACAUUGUUGUUGCCAAGAUGGACGCCACAACCAAUGAUGUCCCGGUGGGCUACGAUGUGCCUGGGUACCCGACCAUCUAUUUGGCUGCCAGUGGGAAGAAGGAUCAACCCAGACGCUAUGAUGGGGCUCGUGAGGUGAAGGACUUGCUGAACUUCCUGAAGAGGGAGGCCACACAUGCACCAAUGCUGAAUGGAGCCAGACAGGAACUGUAGAGCUGCUGCACUCUGGGAAAUGUAGUUUACACACACUGGACUGAGAGCAAUCUGUUUCUUCCUGUUCUUCUUUUUUUUGUGUUUAUUUUUUUGGUUGGUUUGUUGGUUUGCUUUUUGUGUACUGUAUAUAGCACUACCAAUAUUAACUUGACUGUUCUGUUACGCACUGUGGGCUUUAGCUGAAGUUAAGAAAGCUAAAGCCUCUCUCAGGCUCCCAAGAGCUGCUGCUGGUGAGGAGAGAAGGAGAGGGCGGCCAUUCUUUCCCCUCCGCGGCCACCCUGGAGGUUCUGUUGUGAUUCUGUAGAGGUUCUGAUUCUGUUCUGCCCUGAGGACCCGAGGGGGGGUUAGGGGAGGGGAGGGGUUCACCAUAUUCACCCACCCCUUUCUGGGUUGCUGAUGUCCCCAACAAUACCAUGGCAAUUUUGGUAACCUUGUAAUGCUAUUAGCAUUGGAGCAUUUUUUUGUUUGUUUGUUUGGGGUUUUUUUUAGACAAAUAGUCCGGUUCAUAAGGAUUCCUGGUAACUUUUUAAAAUGGAGUUUCUGAAGACUCAUCUGUGUAUGCCACUGACAGAGGUUACGUGGAGGCCCAAGGCUGUGUUUCUAUUGAGAAUGAGCUCUGCGCUGUCCCACCCUCUACCCUGUCCAAUGGCGGCGUAAAGGACAUGCCUCCAUCACAUCCCGCUGCCUACUGUCACAACGCUACGCUGUAACCAUAACUGCAAAGAACUGCUCACAACCGCAUCACCUGUAGGAUUUACCGGCCCACAACAGCAUCACCUGUAGGAUCCAACUGCCCACAACAGCAUCACCUGUAGGAUCCAACUGCCCGAUCUGUGACUGCAUCACCUGUAGGAUAUGACGGCCUGAUCCCUUCACUGCAUCGCCUGUUGGAUUUAACGGCUCGGUCAGUGACUGCAUCACUGGUAGGAUGUGACAAGGCAGUGUAUUUCCAUCAGCUGUUGGAUUUGACAGCCCAGCAAAGCUCUGGAGAGAUUCUAUGCUCUUCCGUUGAAUUGUUUGAAUGUCUGGAAACAUUCAGAGUUUCCCUUGUUAUAUGUUGGAUAUUCUUACAGAGUGAUGAGCUGCUUGUUAUUUAUUCAGUAAUUUAGUUAUUUAUGGAUAUUUAUGGACAUUGCUCAAGAAGCACGAUUUGCGAAAAAAAAAAGACUGGAUUUUCCAGCAAUUGCCAUUUUAUCAUGUUUUAAAGCCUUAUUUAUUCAUAAUACUGUGAUAUAUGUACUUUUUGCGUAAUAAACCAGGUUUUUGUUUUCUACUUAGGAAUGGGAUUUACCUCAAUAUCAUUUGCUCAUGUUUCUAUGUCUCAUUCCAAAAGAAAUGCUGGCAUGGUUUAAUAAAAAUAGCUUCUUAAAUAUUCAA